AUGUAUGAUUUCAGGUCAAACCUCACCCAGGAUAUCUUAAGAGGGGUCAGAGGCUGUAAGGAGAAUUCAGGAAACGUGGUCCAUCGGAGGCGUUCUGUGAUGUCGGGCGACGAUGUGUUGCUCCAGUGUGAACUGCGCUCCAACCUGGCGACGCCACGCUGGACGCUAAACGGCAAGGAGCUGCAGGGAUACGGCCUCAACUCGGGCUACCGCAUCGGCACAGACGGCCUCCUCAUCAUCGGAGCUCGCCCCCUACAGAGCGGCUCCUAUCGCUGCUUUGCUGUGGAGAACUCCGUGUCGGUGCUGGUUUAUUUGUACACAGUAAGGGUUCACACGGAUCCCUACUUCCCCGUUGAGCCCACAGUCACAACUGACCCAACUACGGUGGCCAGCCCGACUGUCUUCUCCACCAGCAGCCCCACCGAGCAGCCUCUGCCUUCACCUCCCGCCCCGAUGCCUCCAGAACCAGCGUUCCAGACCUACAGACACAUGGAGGCCGUGUACAUCUCCCUGGUGGCGGUUCUCGGAGGACUUUGCCUGGUGUUGACUGUGGUGCUGCUUUACGUGAGCUUCUGCACCAGACGGGCCUCUCAGGACCGCAAGUUCUCCCAGCAGGGUCUGCAGGUCCUGGGGGCCUCUGAGAGAAAAAGAAGCUCCCAUCUGGAACUCAAAACCAUUUCCAGCCACUGCAACGGCCGCCAGAGUCGUCGCUCCAUCUCGGUGCCGACCUUCGGGGACAUCAGCGACAGCUUCCUGCAGAUAGUCCCAGGCGAGGGCCAGCUGUCUCCAGCCAAAACGCCUCCCCCGGCUCCUCCUCUUCCCAUGCCGCCUCCCCUUCCCAACAUGGACUACGCCAAUGGGCUGUCGGCCACCUUGCCAAGCGUCCUGCGGAAAAUGAACGGGAACAGCUACGUACUUCUGCGGCAGGCUGACCCCGACGGCAUGUCGCCACUGUACCACUCCUUCACAGAGGAGCUCAACAGGAUCCUGGAGAAGAGGAAACACACACAGCUGGACCUGCAGCCUGAUGAGAGCUCCAUCUAGGACGCCUUGUCUUGGUCUUUCGUCCCACAGUUAUUUAUUUUUACCCCAACGGUGACCCGUAGUCGUGGGGACUGUCGUAAGAAACGCUGCUGUUAUUUAACCCAGUGUCAGAGUACCUGCAGGUGGUGUCCUAAACCUGAUCUGAAAUGUGCAGCCUCGUGUUCCUCCCAUGACAAAUGGCCCAUGAUUUCACUUUCAACACGGAUGGACAACACUAACCAGAGAUUCAAAAAGUGGAGCUGUGAAAAAAAUUUGGCCAUAGACUGCAACGGCUUAAAGAGUAGGGAGCUUAAUGAUGCUACCUCAGGCUUGUGAAAGAUGGUCACAUGACACAAAAAGGCAAAGGGGCAACAAUGGACAUGGGUAGUAAGAAAUAAAUCAGGCCAGGAGGUGAACAAGCAUUUUUAAGACUGAGGAGAUGUUCAAGAAGUUUUAGUUUCAUGCAAUAUUCUCUGAAGCUUAAUGUGACACUCCAUCUAAAGUGUGUCUUCUGUGUGUUGUUACUAAGCAUUAGGCUGCUGUGGAAUAGUGGAAAACUACCUAGAACUUCACAUGUUCACAACCUGAGAACUUCUCCCUGCGUGCACAGGAUGCUCCUGUUUGGACUGGACUCAUCAGCAACUGUACAAUAAGAACUUCAAUGAGGUGGAAACAACAGUUUUGACUGGCUUGAUUUGAGAAGUUCUGGGGAAAAGGAAGGCUGGUAAUCAUUACAAAUUUAAUACAACAACUCGUGCUUUUGAGAGCAAUCACUGGCUCAUAAGGAGGCAUGCCCACCUUACUAGAAGUAAUAAUGCCCUUCCCUAAAAAUGUACUAAUCCACCAAACUAAAGGACUACUCAAAGACCUGUCCAAACUGUAUCUGCUUGAACAAGCUCAAAUAGAAGCAGUGUAUUUAUCUCUAUUGUCACAAAAGCAUUGUGUUCGCAAAGUAUUGCUCUUAUGGAUGGACAAGGAGAAGUGACUUAUGCUGCAGAAAUGCUUGUUGUUUUUCUACAGUGAAAAUCCAUUGCAGGGCUGUAACUAAUGAUUAUUUUCUUAGUCGAUUAUUCAUUGUCUGAAAGGUCGUCAUAAUUUCUCACAUUUUCAAAUCGGAAACCUGUCACUGUUCGACAUUUUUGCUGCUCGAUCGCUUUCACCUAAUCCUUGAGACUUGAGCAGCUGUUCUCUGCUAACCCACUGAACCCCAAACAAUUUCCUGGUGUUUUCUUGGCUUUAGUCACAUUUUUACUCACUGUGGACUUUGUCAAAGCAAUAUAAAGUUCUGCACCUCAGUGGAAUUCGCACAACCAUGACCAGACGUAUAUAGAACUCAAAGGUGUCUUUUGUGCAGUGGAACAAAAU